AUGGCUUCAUCAGGCGGUCGCCGCUGGCAAAGCUUCCUCCAGGAAUUAGUGAUGGUUGCUGGAACGUCUGCCUCGGCGUACUUCCUUAUUCGCUAUCUUCUAUCACGCCUUGAAUUUGACCCGGAGGGCCAAAAGAAGGAGGAACAACGCCAAAAGUCCGCCGCCAUUCUUCGCCGACUUGACGGCGGAGAUCAAUCAGACGACGAAACGAGCCGUGGAGGAAGUUCAAAGAAAGGUCGCCGCCAACGGAGAGGCGAGCUGACUUUGAACCAAUAUGAACAAGCAGUUGCCAUGGACGUGGUCGCGCCGGAGGACAUCAAUGUUUCCUUUGAGGACAUCGGAGGCCUUGAUCACAUUAUCGAGGAACUCAAGGAGUCGGUGAUCUAUCCAUUGACUAUGCCUCACCUCUACUCCUCAACAUCCUCCCUCCUGACCGCACCAUCCGGUGUUCUUCUCUACGGGCCCCCUGGCUGCGGCAAGACCAUGCUCGCCAAGGCAUUGGCUUCGGAGAGCGGUGCUUGUUUCAUCAAUUUGCACAUCUCGACACUGACGGAGAAGUGGUAUGGGGACUCGAAUAAAUUGGUGAACGCCGUGUUUUCGCUGGCCCGCAAGCUUCAGCCGGCCAUCGUUUUUAUUGAUGAGAUUGACGCUGUCCUGGGGACAAGAAGAAGUGGCGAACAUGAAGCUAGCGGGAUGGUGAAAGCGGAAUUCAUGACGCAUUGGGAUGGUCUCACCUCGGCCAAUUCGACUGGUGAACCACAACGUAUCGUUGUGCUUGGAGCCACCAAUCGCAUGCAGGAUAUCGACGAGGCCAUUCUUCGCCGGAUGCCAAAGAAGUUCCCGGUCACGCUUCCGCCUGCACAGCAGCGUCUCCGAAUCCUCAGUCUAAUUUUGAAGGAUACAAAGAUUGACCGGGACAAUUUUGAUCUACACUUCUUAGUGAAGUCCAUGGCGGGCAUGUCGGGUAGUGAUAUUAAGGAAGCCUGUCGGGAUGCUGCAAUGGGACCCGUUCGAGAGUUGAUUCGGCAGAAGAAAGCCGAGGGGACACAAAUAGCAGCCGUCGAUCCAAGCGAGGUUCGUGGUCUUCGAACAGAAGACUUUUUCGCGCGCGCUGGUGGUAUGAAAAUAAUUUCUCGAUCGUCCCCACCAUCAACCACAUCGACCGAGAAAAUGGCGGGGAAAGAAGACGAGGAGUGGGCCACUGAAGACGAGAUCGCCUCGGAAUCUGAAGCUCGUCCUGCUGGCAUGAUUGAGCCGCCGGAAUGA